AUGCCGAUAGAAAAGGAGCAACGCCGGAAGGCACCAGCGACACCACUAGGCAAGACGGAUCCGCGGACACAAGAGGCCCGACCGCGAAUCACGCGGAUAGAAACAGGGUCCUGGCCCAUCCGCAUCGUGGGGCCACCACCACGGGUCCAGGCACCGCCACGACCAGAGCCCGGCCUGACUGCCGAAACCGUCGGCCCAGCCGCCGCACCGCAGCCGAUGACACCGACGCCGCCACCACCGCCACGACGGGUACGAGUGGCCCGAGCACCGCCGGACAGCAGGACCACCACCGCCGCCACGUCCACGAGGCGCAGCUACGCCGCCGUCUGCGGCACCCGCCCGGCCAGCCGCACCAGUAGCCGCCCCGCCAUCCGCCCCAGGGGCAACCGCACCGCCAGCAGCACCAACAGUGCCCCCGACAGCCGGGCCUGCGCCCAGGAUCCACCGCCACCCCGGACACCGCCACCGCCGAUAGCCGGCCUCGGCCUGACGUCGCCUCGCCGGACUAUUACGAGGCCCACCACCUUGGCCAGGUUCGCGCCCGUUGGGCGAACCCCGCCUGCGCCAGCCGGGCCAGUAUACCGGGACGCCGCCUCCCAGACCGGCGCAGCCCGCCACGACGACCCGACCAGCAGCGGACCCCCGGUAACGCUCGCAGCCGGGAGGCCAAACGAGGCGAUCUGCAGCGUGGGACGCCUCUCAAACCGCCGCCCCACACUAAUCACCCUGGCCGACGGGACCAUCCUGUCCCUCCUGCGGCUACGAGGGGACCGCAUCAGGAUCCGGGCCAACCACGGCCCCGGACCAUCACCACCGCCCGGAUCACCGAGCACUACCGCGCAGGACAGCCGCCCCACGCCCUAG